AUGGCGACACGGAAUCGCACUUUGCUUUUCCGAAAGUACAGAGACGCAUUGAAGAGUGUUCGUGCUCCGUCAAUCUCUUCGCCGACGUCCACAUCUUCCGCCAACGGUCCCGUCAUUGAAUUGGUCAGCACCUCGCUUCUCAAUCCGAAUCGCUCUUAUGCUCCACUUAGUACUGAGGAUCCCGGUAGUUCGAGUAAGGCUCUAAAUCCAAUUACUGUUGGGCUACCUCCGGCAUGGGUGGAUGUAUCUGAAGAAAUAUCAGCAAAUGUGCAACGUGCCCGCAAAAAAAUGGCAGAGUUGUCCAAGGCUCAUGCGAAGGCCUUAAUGCCAUCGUUUGGAGAUGGUAAGGAUGACCAACACGCUAUUGAGUCUCUAACACACGAGAUAACUGACUUGAUAAAGAGAUCAGAGAAGAGACUGCGGAGACUUGCUGCUGCAGGUCCUUCUGAGGAUUCCAAUGUCAGGAAAAAUGUGCAGCGUUCUCUUGCUACUGACCUUCAAAGCCUCUCUGUAGAGCUUCGCAAGAAACAAUCAACUUAUUUGAAGCGCCUCAGACAGCAAAAAGAGGGUCAAGAUGGAGUUGACCUAGAGAUCAACAUAAAUGGAAGUAAAUCUAGAUUUGAAGACGAUGACUUGGACAAUAUGAUAUUUAACGAGCAUCAGAUGGCCAAGCUAAAAAAGAGUGAAGCUUUCACAGUUGAAAGAGAAAAAGAGAUCCAGCAGGUUGUGGAAUCUGUUAACGAGCUUGCUCAGAUUAUGAAGGAUUUAUCAGUACUAGUCAUAGACCAGGGAACCAUUGUUGAUAGAAUAGACUACAAUAUUCAGAAUGUGGCAACCACAGUUGAGGAUGGCCUUAAACAGCUGCAGAAGGCAGAGAGAACUCAGAAAAAGGGGGGCAUGGUAAUGUGUGCGACGGUCCUUCUUAUCAUGUGCUUUGUUAUGUUGGUUCUCUUAGUCAUUAAGGAAAUUAUUUUGUGA